ACUCAGGGUCUCUGUGAGUGUGUAAGCUCCAGAAUAAACAUUUAUUUAUAUGGUCCUUGUCCAGCUGGUCACUUGGUGCAGCGCAGACAGCGAACCAUUUCAAGAAACAUGCCAGAUCGCCGACGUCAACGCCAGCAGCGUGUUCGUCAUGAUGCUGGUGGUAACCAGCCUUCAGUGGGGGACAGUAAUAGGGAGCCAGAAGUAGGGAACACUCAGCCUGCUAAAGUUCAAAGACCAGCGGGAAGUGGUGUGGCUUAUGCUGAACCAAAAGAGUACGAGUCUGUAACAAUUAUGCCAGAUAAGGAAGUGGCUGAACCUCAAACAUAUCGUAGACGAGAGGUCAUAAGCAAUUGGUCUCGAUAUGAGGAAAUAUCAACAGAUGAGCCAGAAGAAGGGGAGGACUAUCUGCUUGGUGAAGACUUCUCUCAAAUCUUAGAACAGCAAGCAAAUUCUGGAGGUGGGCACUUGCGAUUGAAGGGGGAGUCUUUGUGGAAUGAGACAGAGACUGGCAUCCUCACCUCACAUGGUUUGGGAGCCCUGCAUGUUGCCGACCUUGUUGCUUCUAUCAACACUGUUCCACUUUAUACACAGCUCAACAUACCAGAAGAGUCACUCCCAGAAUCGGUUAUUGAGUUUUAUACACAGUUAGCUGAUGACAAUAGGAAGCUCUACCAGCCCAGCAACAGUUACAGUGACUGUCUUGAUAUUAAUGAUAAAAUCCUCCAAAGUUUAAAAAUAAGUGACACUGAGCCACUGGACUUGGUCAAUGAGGAUCUUGAGACCAGUCAGUGCACAAAGAGUGCAAUAGAUGUCGCCUUAUCACUUACUAGUGCCUUUGCCCCAGAGCCUGAGGAUGUUGACCUUGACACACUGUUACAUGAACCUACUGUAGAAAAUCCAAGUCCUGUUCAUCAACCCAGUCCAGUGAAGGAGCCCAGUCCAGUGAAGGAGCCCAGUCCAGUGAAGGAGCCCAGUCCAGUGAAGGAGCCCAGUCCAGUGAAGGAGCCCAGUCCAGUGAAGGAGCCCAGUCCAGUGAAGGAGCCCAGUCCAGUGAAGGAGCCCAGUCCAGUGAAGGAGCGCAGUCCAGUGAAGGAGCCCAGUCCAAUGAAGGAGCCCAGUCCAGUGAAGGAGCCCAGUCUAGAAAAGGGAGCCUCUCUUGAAAAGCAGCGCAUUCCAGAAAAGCAACGCAAUACACAAAAGAAACGCAAUCCACAAAAACAGCCCAGCUCUGAAAAGCAACUUAGUCCGGGAGAUCAGCCCUGUCCACAAAAAGAGCCCAGUCCUGUUAGUAAUAGGCAGCCUACACCUGUCAAAGAAGUGCCCAGUGAACCUAGCAAAUCUGAAGAUGUUAAGGAAGCUAGACAACCUAAAGUUCGUAAACAGAAAGCAAAUUCUCAGAAGGAUAAAGCUAAAGAAAAGAGCCCAACAAGCUUUGAGUUUGGUCUUUCAAAGACGGCUAUGAAUGAUGUUAAACCUUCAGCAGAAUUUAACUUUGGUUUAGCUAAGGCAGAUGUUUCUUCAAAUCCAAAAUCCAGCAAGACAAAUAAGAAUGUAACAAACAAUGUGCCAUUAGAUAUUUUAAAUCUGCAGGAACCAGAAACAACUGAAGAGUUACCUGAAGGUCCCACUAUAGACCUGGAUGCACCAGUUGAGCCAAGUAAACCUGUAUUGCUAAUAAGCAAAACCGAAGCAGAAGAUCUUGAAGAUUGGCUCGACUCUGUAUUGGACGAUUAAUGUAUUUAUUCUGGAUAAUUGUAACCCUCGUAUCUUUAUCAAGAGUAUUUAAUCUGUAACAUAUUGUCAUUAGGAAAGUGUGUUCAUCUUGUAUAGUUGAUCAUCAUACAAGGCUUGUGAAUAUUACUGCACAACACUAAGAUUAAAUAACCAUCCUGCCACUUAGUACGUGGUCUGCUAAAUGUUAAUUUAUAUAUGUAAGUUGUUUUGCGUGGUGUCCUAGUGCUGUAUUCUACUUUUUUAUAUAUUCUGUAAUGGAAAAUUAAGUCAUACAGAUGGCAAGUGAAUUGCCUGGUAUUGGAAUAUGUGGAUUCAGAACAGUGCAUGUAAGCACUUUUAUAUAACGUUAUAAAGUGUAUAGGUGAAUUUCAGAAAUAAGCAGCUUGAGAAUGGAUUAAUGCAGAUUAUUAGUAAGCACCCCAAUCUUUCUAGAUUUUAUUGUGCUAAAUUUGUGGCUGAAAAGCAGGUGGGGUAUUAAAUAAUAAAACUUUUGCAUUCUGAUGCUAAAACGCAUCAUUUGUACUUCAACAUUAAACGUUUCGAUGACGCUAAAACACGUCAUCCUAUUGCUAUUCAUAUAUUCAUGACUGUUAUACAUAAUCUAUUAUGUUUUGUAUAUACAGUAUUCUCUAGAUAAUUCACUUGCAAACAUUUUGACACCAAAUUUAUAGUUACAACCCAAUGAAUACCUUAAAAUAUUUACAGUCAUUUUAUGUUUUUUUAAGAAUCGCCGAGCGGAGCGUGCCAAGCCCACUAGCAUAUGGUCAGGAAUAAUUAAAGAGGAGCAUAAUAUACUAUAAAUGCAUUUUUGUUUUAUUAUUUUUCCACCUGUUUUCUAGAUAAUUCAUUUGCAAACAUUUUUAUACCUAAUUUAUAGUUAUAACCCAACAAAUAACUAAGAAAACAUAAAAUGAUUGUAAAUAA